AUGGAUGCUCAAAUUGGACAGGGACGGCGGGGCUGAACGCUAGGAAUUUGUAAGCCUUACGUUUCUCAAAAUUCUCCUCAAUCCCAAGGACUUUACGAGAAUUGCGAUCAUGGAGGUGUCCCUGAUCGCCGAUGCAGUAACAGUAGCAGCAUAUCAAGGCCUAGGGUUUGCCAAGUCCCUUCUUCAUCGCCACGAUUUCGCGGCGGAGCAGUCUUCCAGCGCCGGAACUCUCCAGAUCGCAGCCGCGAUUUUCCCUGUGGAUGCCGUGGCGCCGCCGCCGGUGAAGUCGAAUUACCUGAAAACGGCUCCCCGGACGUUUGUCCGGAGGAGGAGGCGUACGCGGCGGAGGUCGCAGACAGGUGGCGGGCCCGAGGAAGGUGAAGAUGGCUGGUUCUUCGGCGACGCCGGUGGUGGUGAUGGCCCUUUCGGUGGCGGACCUGGCGGUGGCGGCGGGUGGAAUUCUGAUAGGUUUGGAUGGUCAGAUUGGGAUGAAUCGUCCUCGGAUUCGCCUUCUGAUCCUGCGUUUGAUUUCGUCUACGAGGUGAUGUGCUGGAUUGCCCUCUCCAAUUGCUUGCACUUUGCGUUUAAGAAGGUCGUGAGAAUCGUGGCGGACGGGUUUGGCGACCCAGCAAGGGAAAAGGUUCCCGUGAGAUUGACUCCUGUCUGCUAAUUUGGUACUGCCCCAACUAAAUACUUCUAAGAUAACAUUCUUUUAGAAUAGUAGUUAUUUCAGGACUAUGUAUGCCUUAAUGUGGGUGACCAUCAUCGUGUCCUCCCUUGACUGUGUAAUGUAAAUAAUGUAUAUAACAACUCUGUUUCAUUGCCCAUUAAUAGUUUCUCCUUGUAUAUAUAUAUAUGGUAUGUGUGUAUAGUUCUUUUGGUUGGUUGGCAAUGCCCAAUAAGCUAACUAUUCCAAAAGAAAGUGUCAUGUGAGUUACAGUUGUUGGUUUUGAGCCAAUGUUGUACUUUGUGGCUUCUCCUAUGAAGCUUCUAGUCUAAUAGAAAUGAUAGAAUUUCAAAACUUACUUA